ACACAAGCACUUGAAAUCAUAUUAAUAUAUCGAUCAUUGUUAUGGCUAUAGCUUCUAAGCUCUCUCCUCAGCUGAUAAGGAUGCUCAUCUUCUUCCUCAUAAGCUUGUUGGCUCUUACAAAACCAGCAAAGGCAGAUGAUGUUGAUGACAUCCCAAAGAAUUUUAAUCGUAGUUAUUUUCCAGAUGACUUCAUUUUUGGAACAGCCACUUCUGCCUAUCAGAUCGAAGGGGCAGCAAAUAUAUCAGGCAAAGGACCUAGUGUCUGGGACACGUUUACGCAUGAGUAUCCUGAGAGAAUAAGGGAUAAAAGCAAUGGAGACAUGGCAGUUGAUUUCUAUCAUCGCUAUCAAGAAGAUAUACAAAACGUGAAGAAUAUGGGUUUUAAUGCUUUUAGAUUUUCCAUAUCGUGGUCCAGAGUUAUCCCUAGUGGAAGGAGACGGGAGGGGAUAAACGAGGAAGGGAUUGAAUUCUACAAUAGAGUUAUUAAUGAAACUAUAAAACAAGGUCUACAACCUUUUGUUACUAUUUUUCAUUGGGAUACUCCUCAAGCUCUAGAGGAUAAAUAUGGAGGUUUUUUAAGUCGUAAUAUUGUGAGAGAUUAUCGUGAAUAUGCUGAUCUUCUCUUUGAAAGAUUCGGUGAUCGAGUGAAGCAUUGGAUGACUUUUAAUGAACCAUGGGCUCUUAGUGGAUUUGCUUAUGAUGAUGGAGUUUUCGCUCCUGGUCGAUGCUCAUCUUGGGUGAAUAAUCAAUGUCGUGCUGGAAACUCAGCUACUGAACCUUAUAUAGUUGCUCAUAAUUUGCUACUUUCACAUUCCGCCGUUGUAAAUAUAUAUAGAAAAAAUUACCAGAAAAUUCAAAAUGGCAAGAUUGGAAUAACGCUCUUCACCUUCUGGUUUGAACCUCUCUCCAAUAGAAUUUCUGAUAUAGAAGCUUCAAGAACAGCCAUGGACUUUAUGUUUGGAUUGUGGAUGGAUCCUUUAACUUAUGGUCGAUAUCCAAGAUCUGUGCAAGAUUUAAUUGGAGAUAAACUAAUUAGCUUUUCUGAUGAAGAAACUCAGUUGCUUAGAGGGUCAUACGAUUUUAUCGGAUUACAAUACUACACUUCAUAUUAUGCGAAACCAAAUGCUUCAAUUGAUUCGGAUCGUAUAAGAUAUAAAACCGAUAGUAACAUCACUGAAACUCCUUAUGAUUAUGAUGGCAAUCUCAUUGGUCCACAGGCUUACUCACCUUGGUUUUAUAUUUAUCCAAAUGGUAUACGCCAUUUAUUGAACUACACCAAAGAUAGAUAUAACAAUCCAGUAAUUUAUAUUACUGAAAAUGGAGUCGAUAAUCUUAAUGAUGAAACUCAAUCUAUUGAGGAAGCACUUAAAGAUGAAUUCAGAAUAGACUAUUAUCGAAAGCAUAUAUGGAAUACAUUGGGAUCUCUCAGGGAUUACAAUGUUAAUGUUAAAGGAUACUUUGCUUGGUCAUACUUAGACAAUUUCGAAUGGAAUAUUGGUUAUACUUCAAGAUUUGGUCUAUACUAUGUCGAUUACAAAAAUAAUCUUACAAGAAUCGCUAAAAACUCAGCUAUUUGGUUCACGAAAUUCCUCAAUCCAUCAAACUAGAGUCAUGGGAGAUUAGAGAUAUUAUACAUUUUUUUGUUUGCAUUAUUCUUUUUAUAAUUUGGAAUUCAAUUAAUUACAUAGCAUGUCUUGUAACAAAAUUUUGGUGAUGCCUUGAAUUCCAGGCAUGCCUUCUUGUAAUUCUUUGGUUCUAUCUUUCAAUAAAUAUUAUACAUUAUCCUUC